UGUUAAAGAAAGAAUUAAUGGAAUGAGCAAAAGGAAGACUGUCAAUAUAAGGGUGUGCAAUUAUAUGCUGAGAACAAGUGAUUUCAAGACCGUGCCGGUACAGAUAUGAAGUUGCUUUUCAUCAGGCUCGUAUACCUGCUAUCUAUCAUCUUAUUCGUGUCCUUCAGCAGUGUGCUGCUUUGGGACAACUUUUCCAAGAGUGCUUUGACUCUCAGCGGUCCACGCACCAUACGUGAUGCAGCUGCCACCAGCAAACAACUCAAAGUUAAGCAAAAUCCUGCAAACAAAAAGAAAAAUGCCGUUAUUGAUAAACUGCUGGCAAGUUACUCAACCAGCUGGGAAAAGCAGAAGGAUACCUUUAAAAAAUAUAGGUCAUUGCUCGGGAGUACUUGCAAUGCCAUUUCCAAUGCAGUGGUUACACAGAGUAACUCACCUGUCGGGACAAAUUUUACUUAUGAUGGACUAAAAAAAAAAAUAAAAGUGGUGACACCAGACCUGUUCAGUAUAUUUCCCAAGGAGAGCCCUUUUCAAAAAGCACCAUAUGGCACGUGUGCUGUCGUGGGCAAUGGAGGCAUCUUAGCCAACAGCAGCUGUGGAAAACAAAUCGACUCUGCUACAUUUGUCAUCAGGUGUAAUCUUCCACCACUGACCGAUGUACAUAAGCUAGAUACAGGACAAAAAACAAACCUUGUCACAGCCAAUCCAAGCAUCCUCUUUCAAAAGUACCAAGCACUAAAUGAGCGCCGGCGGUCAUUUGUGGAGGAUGUGCAGGUGUAUAGGGAUGCUCUACUCCUGUUGCCUGCCUUCUCAUUUCAGCGGAACACAGCUGUGUCCCUGCGUGCUCUCUACUCACUGGAAGACCUCAAGAAGUCUUGCCCAAGACCCAUCUUCUAUAACCCGACGUAUCUAAACAACCUGGCAACCUUUUGGCGUAACCAAGGAAUUCGGGCAAAACGCCUCAGCACUGGUAUGAUGAUGGUCAGCUUGGCACUGGAGCUCUGUAACAACGUCCACCUGUAUGGUUUCUGGCCCUUUGAAACACACCCAUACACCCACCAGGAACUCCCCAACCACUAUUAUGAUAACCGUCCCGCAAACAAGGAAGUACACGCCAUGCCAGCUGAGUUUGAGUCCUUGCUAAAUCUUCAUAACAAGGGUGUGAUCCAUUUGCAACUAGGGGAGUGUGCAAAUUAAACUAGGUGGCAUGUUCACCAAUACUGUCCCUCAAUUGAAUGAAUGAAUGAACCCUUUAUUGUCACUAGUCACAAGUACCAGCGAAAUUGGCCAUCAACCCGUCCGUACAUAUACACAUACAUACAAUUGACACAGGGGGAGUAGACAGGACAGGAAGACAGGGAUGAAAAAUACAGAGUAACAUGAGGGGAGGGGAGGAGAAAAAACCAACCCCCACACUAUGCUCCUGUGGGGAGUACAGUGUGGGAACAUAAAAAAAAAAACACCUCAGCACAUAAGCACAAAAUAACACAGUACACUUUACAACAUGAAAACUCGGGACUCGGGGGGGGGCAUCAUGGGAGGGGGGAAAGGGGGGAGGGGCAGAGGUAUAGGUAACCCAGCGCAAACAAGCAGUCCGGUCUGCAGCCAUGACGGCGCUCCCCCAGCUUGUCACACUGGGGGUAAAAAGCGGCGACCAUGGGAAGUGGGGGAAGGAAUGCAAGAGCGUCUCACUGCAGUGAUCUUCAGGGGGAGUUGUUGUUCCAGCAACGGCCUUGGCCAAGGCCAGUGCUGUCUGAGGGAGCCGAAAGCAGAUAAGAUUGGGAUUGUUUGGUCUUGGGGCGAGUAGAUGCAUUCUUUUACACGACUACUCUAUUUGUCCAUUCUGGUCUCCAAAUCGAUCCAGAUUGUAUAACACCCACAACUUGUAAUGUAGCACCAAUAACCUGUUUGUCGUUAUAUUUGCACUACUUCACCACUACUACCUCUGCCAUCUGUCAUCGAUGCAAUUAUUAUGUGCAGUAAUACAGGCCUUAAACUAUUUUUAUGCAUACUUUUUAUUUAUAUAUAUAUAUACUGGGUGCGAUUUGUUGGGGGGGGGGAUGGUGGGGAUCAUCCCCCCCUCUGGUUUUUAUCUCUGCUGAAAAAAAAUCCUCGGGGACAACCCCGUCAAUAAAACAAACAAACCAAAAAAAAAUUUGACAUGACAGGCAUGUUGUGACACAGUUUUCUAUGGUCUACAUUGCACUCACUUUCAAAAUGACCCGAAGUGGCAGCUUUGAUGUUCACAAACGUCCCCAGCAAAUAGAUACAUUGUAGAUAAUAACAAUACCCAGAGUGUGAACGUGGAUUUAGCGCCAUGAAUCACAUCCUUACUGAUGAGUGCAACAGAAUGAAUGUAUCCACACUGACAGCCUUCUUUUCCUCGCUGUCAAUGGACCAGACGUGCAUUCCUUCCCUGCUGAGAAAUUCGCAGAAUUGUGGAUUAAAGAAGGACGAAACGCGGCGGAUCCGCACCGACGGGAAAGCAGAAAAGGCCACAUGAACUGCGCCAUCAGAGCAAACUGUUCAUUUAGUAUUCAUGUAUUUUAGUGAUUUUCGAGUCACUGUCCAUUUAAUCCGGAGGGAGAGAAACAUCACAGCAACGCGACAAGCAAUGCGAACUUUGUUGUGUGUUAGUGUUCGUGUAUUUAGUCAGAGAGAUAGGAAGAUGAAUUUACUAUCUCUGGUUUGUUUUCAUUUAGUGUUUGUGGCAGCGGGGGCGUGGUCAAGCAUCGGUCUGUGACAGAAGGACGGCAGGACAGAACUGAUUUCACACAACUCGCUUUUAUUCAGCUUUUCAGCUUCUAUCUGCACACACAUCAGUCGUCGAGUUGUGGAGAGAGCUCCCUCUGCUCUCUCUCCUUAAAUAGGGCGCGGUCACUGGGAAGACACACAAACACAUUAAUUAACGACAGGUGUAGUGAUUCUGCCACUUACCUUCCCUGACUCCGCCCUCCUGUCACAGACCGAUGCUUGACCACGCCCCCGCUGCCACAGUGUUAUUCAUUUGAUAACAUCGGAUGUUAUUGAGCUGUUAGCCUAUUGUUACCUUAGUUUUGUGACGUUUCAUGAUUAAAAAAAAAAAACAUCCCCCCAUCUGUUUUUUUGACAAAUCGCACCCGUAUAUAUAUAUAUGUUAUUUAUGUGUAUAUAUACAGAGUCUACCUGUAAUGUGCGAUUUUUCCAAGCCUCUCAAUAAGGCAAUUUUUUCUUUUCUAUACUUUUUCAUGGUAGAGGAUGCAAACAGCCCUCUGUAUUUAAUCUUUUGUUUGUCUAAUUUUUAUUUUAGUUUUAUUUGUUAUCUGUUUGACUUUUUCUUGCUACUGUAACACAUGAAUUUCCCCGAUGUGGGAUGAAUAAAGUGAAUCUAAUCUAAUCUAAUUUAA